AGGAAAAAGAAAAUUGUUAGAUAAUCUUGUUUGGAAUUCUGAGUACUGAUAGGAUUUAUAGUUUUCUUCUAUAAACAUCUGGCAGUGAGAGAGCAAUCAUGUUCUCCGGCCACCACCACCACCGCCACCGUCCACCACCGGAUGCCAUCAUUCCCCACCCCCCUCCCCACAAUCUUCCCUUGCAAGCAACAGCUCAUCUUCCACCUUCUUUUCCCUUCUUUCAUGUCUUUGCCGAGCUCUUCCUUCAUCUCCACCUGCAAUCUCCUCAAAUCUCAGACUGCAAUCCAAAUGCUGCGUGGUGCUUAUCUCUCUCUGCUCCUCGCAUGGGGAGCCAUGUCCAUGACAGUCCAUUCCCAAGUGGAUAGCUGCAGCUCAAGCUUCCUUAGCUUCCUCCCUCUUCCCUUUAAUGCUUCCCAGCUCAACUGUAGGCCGGUAUGGAGAAACUUCAUCCUCAGGUACUCUCAGAACAGAGACAACACUUUGAGCAUCAUCCUCUCUGCUGUAUAUACUUCUGGCUGGGUCGGGAUCGGAUUCUCAAGCGACGGAAUGAUGACCGGCGCAAGCGCGAUGGUCGGUUGGAUCGAUAUAGGAGGCAGAGCAAACAUCAGGCAAUUCUAUUUACGUGGCCAGACUAGUUCGGAAGUGAUGGUAGAUGAGGGCCAGCUACUAGAAACCGGAGUGGCACCUGCAGUUAUUCUCUAUGGGAACAACAUCUACUUGGCCUUUCAGCUAAAUGUUUCAGCUCCUAUGGCUCAGCAGUUACUUCUAUUCGCCUUGUCAACUGCAACUCCAGUUGAGUUCUACCUUAUGGAACAUGACGACAAGGCUUCGGUUUCGUUCGACUUUUCAGUAGGCACUGUAGCUGAACCUUCUUCCUACCCUAAUCAGCUGAAGAGGAAUCAUGGAGCACUGGGCAUACUUGGAUGGGGAGUGCUGCUACCUGUGGGAGCAGUUGUUGCGAGAUACUGUAGACUAUGGGAUCCAAUGUGGUAUUACCUUCAUGUCAUCAUUCAAUUUGUGGGGUUUCUUGCUGGGUUUGCCGGUGUUGUUGCUGGAAUUGCACUUCACCGUAGACUUCAUUCGGAUGUCGCUUUACACAGAGGCCUUGGCAUCUUUAUCCUUGUGCUAGGGACUCUUCAGGUAACUGCAUUUUUCCUAAGACCUGGAAAAGGCUCCAAGAUCCGGAAGCAUUGGAACUGGUACCAUCACUGGGUUGGGAGUUUGGUCGUCUUCCUUGCUGCAAUCAACAUUGCUCUUGGAAUUCAAGUUGGAGAAGCUGGUAACUCUUGGAAAAUAGGUUAUGGAAUCAUCCUAGCCAUCAUCUCGAUAGCUGUUGCUCUUCUGGAAUCGAUGCGGUGGUGGUCAAGAUUGUCUGAGAAAACAACUGAGCCACCGGCAUUUUGAUCGUUGAUGGCCUCCAAAUUGCAGAGGUGAAAGUGAGAUUUGGAGGCUUGUGAUGGUGGUACUCCCAUGUCCGAGAAGAAGUGAGUGGAUUUGUGUACUGCAACUGCUUCAACUCAGUUUGACAUCCUGCAAUUCUUAUGGAAAGUUCUAUGUGUCUUGACAAAUCUUAGCUUCUGUAUCAAAGUUAGUAAGAUGGAACAUGAGGCUAAGAUGUUUAUGUUUCCCGUAUUCCCCUUCAGUGAAGAACAGUAAGGAUAAGAGUAUACUAAUCCUGCUACUAAUUAGCAGAAUGUUUUCUAGUUUUGAUUGAUCUGCAUGUGCCCUGUGUAAGCAAAACAGGUUCAUGUAAAACAAAUUCAUGAGCAUGCAGCAGAAUAGAUUUAUCUAUU